AUGAGCAAUCCACCAAUCACAAUGUACCAACGACAUAUUCUAGCUCAACUGAUAGAAUCUGGACUUUCAAAUGAUCAAAUAAUCAAUCAAUAUCGUUUGAUCUACGCUCGCAACCAAGAAUUUCUGAAGACGUGGACGUCUUCUGAAUCAUCUGAAUCCUCAAAAAUGUCUUCUGGAGAUUUUGUGACGACAUCUUCCAGAAUUCCAGAACCUCCACCGAAAAUUCCAGUGAUUUUCCGGAAAAUCGAUAAUUAUGAUGAAAAUUAUGAUCCACGAAGACUGGGAAUAUUGUUGAAUUUGAGCAAAAAGAAUCUGGGAGAACAUCACCAACGCCGCCGUCUACAGUACCUCCAACGCCUUCAAAUUGGCAAUUAA